GCCGCCUCGCCCGCCGGCCCUGAGGCAGCGGGGCGGCAUGAGAAGAGUCGGGGGCGGCUGGUGGGGUCGCGGUUGAGGUGUAGCCACCGCCGCCAUGUCGCUGUUGUGCGUGCGAGUAAAAAAAGCUAAACUCCAAGGACCACCAGACAAAUUUAAUACAUAUGUGACCCUGAAAGUGCAAAAUGUGAAGAGCACAACAGUAGCCGUGCGAGGUGACCAACCCUGCUGGGAACAAGACUUCAUGUUUGAGAUCAGUCGUCUGGACCUGGGCCUAAUUGUUGAAGUAUGGAACAAAGGACUGAUCUGGGAUACCCUGGUUGGGACUGUGUGGAUUGCUCUGAAGGCCAUUCACCAAUCUGAUGAGGAAGGUCCUGGGGAGUGGUCUACGCUGGAGGCAGAAGUUGUAAUGAAACAUGAUGAAAUCUGUGGAACCAAAAACCCAACUCCUCAUAAAAUUUUGCUGGACACAAGAUUUGAAUUGCCUUUUGAUAUCCCUGAAGAAGAGGCCAGAUACUGGACCAGGAAAUUAGAACAAAUAAAUUCGCUGGGAGAUGAUGAGUAUUCCUUUCAGGACGAAGUCCAGAAGAAACCAUUGCCCAGUGCUGCCUCCCAGUGUUCCUUUGAAGAUGCUGACAGUGCUGUGGAUGAUAGAGACAGUGACUACCGCAGUGAGACAAGUAGCAGCAUUCCUCCUCCGUACCACACGACUGCGCAGCCCAAUGCCUCCGUGCACCAGUUCACUGUGCCAUCACGCCUGCAGCAGCAAGGGGUCUCACGGGAACCUGGUGCUGACUCUCUACAAAAUUAUGAUCUGGAUUAUCGAGACCAUGUGGCCAUCAGUCCUGCUGGCAGUAGUAGAUAUGGCUCCUCUUGUAAUGUCAGCCAGGGAAGCUCUCACCUGAGUGAGCUGGACCAUUCCCAUGAAAGUGCCCAUGGCUCUGAGCAAGAUGAUGAUCACCAGGAAAGAGAAUCGAAUCAUUCGUACCACAGUUUGGGCAACUACCAGAAGGAUGGCCAAGCGUGGCUCAGGGAGCAAGAGGAGCCUCGCAGCAAAGGAGAGGAGGAGAAAGUCUGCGAGACAGAGGAGAAGCCUGCAGAUCAUUCUUCAGCUAAGUUACCUCUGGAAUUUGAGAAGUCCAGGGAUGUCAACGUAGAAGCCCAUGUGAGCUACCAUGAUGACAACGAGCCACCACCAUUUCCUCCAGCAAGGGCCCAUUGGAUUAGAGCCAUUAGCAAAGUUCGACUGCGGCUUCAAGAGGGUCAAGAUGAGUCUGAUCCAUCAAAACCACCCUGGCUUAAAGGAGGGCCUGCAGGUGGUCUCUAUGGCAUUGAUAGCAUGCCUGAUCUACGUAAAAAAAAGCCAAUUCCACUUGUCAGUGAUCUGUCACUGGUUCAGUCCCGGAAAGCUGGAAUUACCUCAGCAAUGGCCACUAGAACAUCUCUUAAAGAUGAAGACCUGAAAUCUCAUGUCUAUAAGAAGACCUUGCAAGCCUUAAUUUACCCCAUCUCUUGUACAACCCCGCAUAACUUUGAAGUGUGGACAGCCACAACUCCUACGUACUGCUACGAAUGUGAGGGGCUGCUCUGGGGUAUUGCACGGCAGGGAAUGCGCUGCGGUGAAUGUGGAGUCAAGUGCCAUGAGAAGUGCCAAGACUUGCUCAACGCUGACUGCUUACAGAGAGCAGCAGAGAAGAGCUCAAAGCAUGGAGCUGAAGACCGAACCCAGAAUUUCAUCAUGGCAAUGAAGGAUCGCAUGAAAAUCCGGGAGCGGAACAAGCCAGAGAUCUUUGACUUGAUCAGAGAUGUGUUCUGUGAGAGCAAAAUGACACAUGCUCAGCAGAUGAAGACAGUGAAGCAAAGUGUCCUUGAUGGCACUUCAAAGUGGUCAGCAAAGAUCACAAUAACAGUCGUAUGUGCUCAGGGUCUGCAGGCCAAAGACAAGACUGGGUCCAGCGAUCCAUACGUAACCGUUCAAGUGGGUAAAACAAAGAAGAGGACAAAAACGAUUUUUGGGAAUCUGAACCCUGUAUGGGAAGAGAAGUUUUACUUUGAGUGCCAUAAUUCUUCUGACCGGAUCAAGGUGCGAGUGUGGGAUGAAGAUGAUGACAUCAAGUCUCGUGUCAAGCAAAGACUGAAGCGUGAAUCAGAUGAUUUCCUGGGGCAGACAAUUAUUGAAGUCCGUACCCUGAGUGGAGAAAUGGAUGUGUGGUACAACCUUGAGAAAAGAACAGAUAAGUCUGCAGUGUCUGGGGCUAUUCGCUUGCAAAUCAGUGUCGAGAUCAAAGGCGAGGAGAAGGUGGCUCCAUAUCACAUUCAGUACACUUGCCUUCAUGAGAACCUUUUUCACCAUCUCACAGAUGUGCAAGGGAAUGGGGUGGUGAAGAUCCCUGAUGCCAAAGGAGAUGAUGCCUGGAAGGUGUAUUUUGAUGAGACAGCUCAAGAGAUUGUGGAUGAAUUUGCAAUGCGUUACGGCAUUGAAUCGAUAUACCAGGCCAUGACGCAUUUUGCAUGUCUCUCCUCUAAAUACAUGUGCCCAGGCGUUCCAGCUGUGAUGAGCACCUUGCUUGCCAAUAUCAAUGCUUAUUAUGCACACACCACUGCCUCCACCAAUGUGUCUGCUUCUGACCGCUUUGCAGCCUCCAAUUUUGGGAAAGAACGGUUUGUAAAGCUUCUGGACCAGCUUCAUAACUCACUUCGUAUUGAUCUCUCCAUGUACAGGAAUAACUUCCCAGCAAGCAGCCGUGAACGGCUGCAGGACCUGAAGUCUACAGUGGAUUUACUGACCAGCAUCACUUUUUUCAGGAUGAAGGUCCAAGAGCUGCAAAGCCCACCCCGAGCCAGCCAGGUAGUGAAAGACUGUGUAAAAGCUUGCCUCAACUCCACCUACGAGUACAUUUUCAACAACUGUCAUGAGCUGUACAGUCGCGAGUACCAGACAGAUCCUAACAAAAAUCAGGACCUUCCUCCUGAGGAACAAGGCCCCAGCAUCAGAAACUUGGAUUUCUGGCCCAAACUCAUCACUUUGAUAGUUUCUAUCAUAGAAGAGGACAAGAAUUCUUACACCCCAGUCCUGAAUCAGUUUCCUCAGGAGCUUGCUGUUGGGAAGAUCAGCGCAGAGGUCAUGUGGAGUCUUUUUGCCCAGGAUAUGAAAUAUGCCAUGGAAGAGCACGAGAAACACAGACUGUGUAAAAGUGCAGACUAUAUGAAUUUACACUUCAAAGUGAAGUGGCUGUACAAUGAAUAUGUUCGUGAUCUGCCUGCCUUCAAGGGAAAAGUGCCUGAAUAUCCAGCGUGGUUUGAGCAAUUUGUGAUGCAGUGGCUGGAUGAAAAUGAAGAUGUUUCCUUAGAAUUCCUGCAUGGUGCUCUGGAGAGAGAUAAAAAAGAUGGGUUCCAGCAAACGUCCGAGCAUGCUCUGUUCUCUUGCUCAGUGGUGGAUGUCUUCACUCAACUCAAUCAGAGCUUUGAGAUUAUUAAGAAGCUGGAGUGCCCAGACCCUGUCAUUGUUGCUCAUUAUAACAGGAGGUUUGCUAAGACUAUUGGAAAAGUACUGAUGCAGUAUGCUGACAUCCUCUCCAAGAGCUUCCAGUCCUACUGUUCGAAGGAGAAACUGCCCUGCAUCCUGAUGAAUAACAUCCAACAACUGAGGGUGCAGCUAGAGAAGAUGUUUGAAGCCAUGGGUGGUAAGGAGUUGGAUGCAGAAGCAAGUGAUCAUCUCAAGGAGCUCCAGGUGAAGCUGAACAAUGUUUUGGAUGAGCUGAGUGCGGUGUUUGGUAAUAGCUUUCAGACUCGUAUUGAUGAAUGUGUCAAGCAAAUGUCUGAUAUCCUCUGUCAAGUGAAAGGGACAGGAAAUGUUGCUGCUAAUGCCAGAAACACUGUUGCACAAGAUGCAGAUAACGUCCUGAGGCCAUUGAUGGAUUUCCUGGAUGGCAACCUGACACUGUUUGCAACUGUGUGUGAAAAGACGGUGUUGAAACGUGUGCUGAAAGAGCUCUGGAGGGUGGUAAUGAAUACCAUGGAGAAGCUGAUUGUUCUGCCUCCUCUUACAGACCAUACGGGCACACAGUUGAUUUUCAGUGCUGCUAAGGAGCUGGGACACUUGUCAAAGUUGAAGGAUCAUAUGGGGAGAGAAGAAACUAGGAGUCUCACUCCAAAGCAGUGUGCUGUUUUGGAACUGGCACUGGAUACAAUCAAACAAUAUUUCCAUGCUGGUGGGAAUGGUCUGAAGAAAACCUUCUUGGAGAAGAGCUCGGACCUGCAAUCACUUCGAUAUGCUCUCUCUCUCUACACUCAGACCACAGACACUCUUAUCAAAACCUUUGUCCAGACUCAGACAGCUCAGGGCUCUGGUGUGGAUGAUCCCGUUGGUGAAGUGUCCAUACAGAUCGACCUGUACACCCACCCAGGAACUGGUGAACACAAGGUCACGGUGAAAGUUGUGGCAGCCAACGAGCUCAAGUGGCAAACAUCUGGCAUGUUCCGUCCAUUUGUUGAAAUCACCAUGAUUGGGCCCCAUCAGAGUGACAAGAAGAGGAAGUUCACAACUAAGUCAAAGAGCAACAACUGGGCUCCCAAAUACAAUGAAACUUUUCACUUCAUACUGGGGAAUGAAGACGGCCCUGAUGCCUAUGAGCUCCAGGUCUGUGUGAAGGACUACUGCUUUGCUCGGGAGGACCGAGUGCUGGGGAUCGCAGUGAUGCAGCUCAGAGACAUAGCAGACAAAGGAAGCUGUGCUUGCUGGUGCCCCCUCGGCCGCAGGAUUCACAUGGAUGAGACUGGAAUGACAGUCCUGAGGAUUCUCUCUCAAAGAACCAACGAUGAAGUUGCCAGAGAAUUUGUGAAGUUGAAAUCUGAGUCCCGCUCCACGGAGGAAGGCACCUGAGCUGGGCUGUGUAGUGUUUGCUUUUCUCUUCUGCCUUGUGCCAAUAUGUGCAAGUGUUCAACAAUUGUCUGUUAUUAAUUACAAAAGAUUUUUUCCGUGUUGUCUUUGUCAGGUCCAGUAGCGCACGUGUGCUGUACAGGAAACAAAUCCAUCGAUCCGGUGUGAGUUAUUUAUUUUUCUGUAGCUGGGUAAGACACCGUAGAGAGUGAGACAAUCUCUUCUUAUUUAAGUGCAAAUUCCGCUUUGUGUAUAUAAAUUAUUUUAUAUUGGAGGCUGGGUGUGCUGGGUUUUGUUGAUAUGCAGCACUGUGAUUUUUAUCCUCUGAAGCUGGCAGGCGUUAAAAAGGUUCUGCAUAAUCAUGCUAUGGUGCAAACACACAACUGUGUGAAAAUGGGGAGAAGAAGAGUGAUUUGGGGGUUUGGCAAAGCACGGUUGUCUCUCAUUGAAUUUGUGAACUGUGGAGCUGCCAGGGGAUGCUCUGGCACAGAUUACACCAGUGUCCCAAUGUGAUAUGCAGACAUCUCAACAUCUGCUUAAAAAAAGAAGUUGCAAAUUGCUCUGAAGAUGCACAGCAAAGAAAUGUGUGACCACGGAUGUGCUGCUGUGUGACCAGUGGGGCCUAAGAUUCCAUAGCCAAAAGCUGCAAAUGCAACACACCAGGAGCAGGCUGCAGCUGCCCUGCUGCUGUAAUUAGAUGGUGCGUCUCAGAGAAUAUAAAUCCCAACGUGCUGCUGAGAGCCCUGCAUCAACCAUGGGGAUACUGUAAGCUGCUGAACUCCACAAGUCACACUUAGGCUUCCUUGGGUAAGGAAGGGAACAAUACCACAGCCAUGACAGACAACGUGGCUGCUAUACACCUUUUUCCGCUUCAAUAUUCUCUUGUUAGUUUUUUGACGUAGGAUUGGAUAAUUUAAUAACUGCAGGCUUUCUGUAGCAUUUUGUUACCCUGGAAUAGCUGAGACCAUUCCUCACUAUGGUCCCAGAAAUGAUGGCUUGCUCAGGAGAGAGCAUCUUGUCUCCCCUUGGCAAGCACUCAGUCUGGAGGGCUGGUGAAGGGCCAGCAGGUCCAUCUGCUUCUGAUCUUGCAGUCGCUGUUGGCCGUGCUGCAGUUGGUCCACGCUGAUUGUCAUUAGUCUGUGAUUUAACGAUACCAUUGAAAAAUAUUUUUGCACUGUCUUAAAAGUAAAAGCGUCCUGGUUUUGUUUUCUUGCAAAACAAAACACUGUCCUGAGCAAAGUGAUUGCAGGGAGGUCAGAAUCUCUUGACUGAAAAUUCGUAAGCAGGAAGGUCUGGAGUAACAAUUACACCUGAAGUAUGUUGGUUGGAGGGAUUUAAUUCUUUUGGGGAUUUUGCUAUUUCCAGCUGCCUUUGUGCUCUGGAAAGAGCAGCUGGAAUAAGCCCACAAAGUACUGUAAUACUGUCAAUAAAUUCAAGGACUGUGUGUUGAAUGACUUUUUUUUUUUCUAUUUCCUCUGACACUUGUACAGCUGUAUGAUACCACUCCUGUGUUUCAUGGCCUGCUCGUGGAGUUCUGAGGCGACACAUCUGCUUUGUUCUUGUCUGUGGUGUAUUAUAAUAAUGCUCUUCGAAACUCCACGCUAUUUGUCUUGAUUUUGAAUCAUUGUACGUGCCACUGUUAUGAGAACUGUU